GGACACCAGUUGUUCCCCCUGUGCAUAGCUGCACAGAAUCUGAGCAGCAAUGGCACAAGCCACGAACAAUGGGUGUCAGGCCAGGGCCUAUCAAGUCCAUGGUCUUCACUAAGCCAGUACCAAACAGGAUGGUGCAGACUGGAGUGAGAAGUGGAUUCUACAGAGGUAUGGUGGGUCCCUUGCCAGACCCCUGUAUGUUCAGAAUUGAGGAGGUAUAUGCUAAAUUCAGCAUGGAGGACAGGCCACUCGUAACCACAAUGAACAUGGGACCUGACAAGCCCCUUGUGGAAAGUGCCUUUGGGCUGGUGCAGAGGGGCAGUGUUCUUUCUUACCAAAAGCCAGCACUGACAUCCCGGCAUAUCACACUCCACCAUGACGCACCACCAACCCCACACUUGCCUCUAGAGGAUUACACCAUAUUGCCAUCUGACUGUGCGUUUGUGUGCUCUGAAGAGGAGCUACUACAUCUCAGCAGCUUGACCGUGACAAUGGAGAUGGCUCACAAAAUUGAGCAGGCUACACGUGAGCAAAGCUCUUGCUCUGAGUGGCAUCUUCUCCGCCGACCAAGGGUGACUGCAUCUAGGUUUCGCGAGGUGUGUCAUGUCAGAGGCCAGAGCUCUGCAGAGUCACUUGCAGAGCGCAUAUUAAAGGGAACAAAGCAGACAGCAGACAUGAGGAGGGGUGCUGAGAUGGAGCCAGCAGUAGCAGCUGAGUACAGUCAGCUUAUAAAUGUUAAUUAUGCACCUUGCGGUCUUGUCAUCCACCCUGCUACACCCUGGCUUGCUGCGUCCCCUGAUGGUGUUGUUUUUGACCCCACUGAAUAUCCCCAGUUUGGACUUGUUGAAUUCAAAUGCCCAAAUGUGCACAACUUCAUUGACUGUAAAUAUGUACAAAUGGAACGUGGUUCCCCUCAACUUAAGAAGAGCCAUGCGUACUACUGGCAAGUGCAAGGACAGCUGCUCAUCACAGGGAUGCAGUGGUGCGACUUUGUUGUGUGGGCGCAGGAGGACUAUCUUGUGCAACGAAUAUUUGUAGAUCCAGAACUUCAGAGAGCAAUCAGAGAUAAAGCAGACCAUUUCUUUUUCUACACAUACAUGCCAAAAUACCUGUGUCUGAAAAAUGAGCAAUGAAAGCAGAGGAAAACCCAAGCUGCACCCUAACUCUCAUACAAUGCACUACAUAAAAUGUGUCCUAAUCAGUUUAAUUGUGUGAAUAAAUUGUGUUAAGAAUGCACACUGAAUACUGGGGCUCUUAAAUUAACAGCUGACAAAUCUAUCACAGUUACAGUUGUGUGAAAAAGUAUUUUUCCCCUUCCUGGUUUCUUAUUUUUUGCAUGUUAGUCACACUUAAAUGUUUGUGAUCAUCAAACAAAUCUAAAUGUGAGACAAAGAUAACACAAGUAAACAGAAAAUGCAGUUUUUAAAUGAAGAUUUUUAUUAGUAAGGGAGGAAAAAAAUCCAAACUUAAAUGUCCCUGUGUGAAAAAGUGAUUGCCAGACAGAUCUCAGUUACUUGGUUUUUACAUUUUACCUGAUUUUCUUUUGGAUCGCAGCAUGUCUAACUUUUGAGGAUCUUUUGGUCUAUUAGUGAUUUCUUGAUUGAGAACAGGUGUGGCAGUAAUCCAGCCUAGAGAAAUUGAACUCAGCUUUCCAAAGAUGUGAUAAACCACAGUUUAUUUAUGUUUUAACAAGGGGGGGAAUCACUUUUUCACACAGGUAUUGUUGGUAUUAUAUCCUUCUAUAUUUCCUGAUAAAUGUCAGUCAUUGAAACAUGUGAUUUGGUAGAUUAAGGCACUUGAUUUUACACAUUUAUCCCAUAUGUUAGAGUUCAGACAUACUAAAUGUCCAAUAGUUUUAGCAUUUUCAAUAGCUAAUUGAUGUUUUAUUUGACACACUUUUUCAGAGUCUUAAGUAAAAACAUGAA